AUGACCUACCCAACCCCAUCUCACCCUCGGACCACGCUGCCCACUAUCCGGCCACCGCUGUCCACCUCCUCGGUGACUCCCACUUCUCACAUCACCCCAACACGCCAGGAGACCACAGCCGUAUCCUCUACCCAUCUGAGGCCCACGGGCACCAUCCUUCCAACUUCCAGGCUCACGACCACCGGACCGCCACACACAGCCCCGCCAUUGACGGGGACCACCAGUAGGACCACACACAGCACAGCCAGAACCUCGACUGCCACUGAGUCACACUCUUCCUCCACUUCGCACCCUGAACCCACCUCUGCUUACGCCACCACCAUCACCCCCAAGACCACCUUGAGAGGAACGGGGACCCCUGAAGCACACAGCACCUCGGCCACAAGCACAAGUCCACGCAUACCAAUGACCACACACUCUCCACCCACGGCACCUCACACCACAGGACCCCCUUCUGGAACAUCCUUCAAGACCACCAUGACCUAUCCAACCCCAUCUCACCCUCGGACAACGCUGACCACUAUCCGGCCACCGCUGUCCACCUCCUCGGUGACUCCCAUUUCUCACAUCACCCCAACACGCCAGGAGACCACAACCGUAUCCUCUACCCAUCUGAGGCCCACGGGCACCAUCCUUCCAACUUCCAGGCUCACGACCACCGGACCGCCACACACAGCCCCGCCAUUGACGGGGACCACCAUGUCUGCUCCCGCGCACACAGCGACGCUGAGUUCGAGCGUCCACCCCUCACCUUCCUCGUUUCCUGCGGGCACUUUCACAGCUGCAUCCUCUACCCGCUCCCCCCUCACUGCCUCCACUCCAACUCGGGCCUCCCUCUCCCCCCAUGUCACCCCACCCUUCAGCCCCUCUGCCCCGUCCCCCACGGUCACUCUCCCCAUAUCUCCCACCCCCUCCCGCCAACCAGCCACCAGUGCUGCAUCUUCUUCGGCCACUCCCAGGACGACAGUCAGCGCCCCCACCUCCUCCGCCUUCUCUUCCCUGUCCACCACAUCACGUGUCACCCUGCUCACCACCCGAGUCCCCACGCCGGGCGUUGCGUCCUCCACCUCAGGGCUCGCAGUCAUACCUAGUUCUCCAGCCACCACCCUCACUACCAGGCUCCCUGGGCCCACUCAGUCGCUCACCACGCUGCUCCUGACCAGCACCCUGACUUCCCACGGAAGCACCUCCGUUCCUGCCCCAGGAUCUCCCUCCACGGGGAGCCCCCCAGCUUCCUCUCCAGGGGUGUGCAGCCUGCGGGAGCAGCACCAGGAGAUCACGUUCCAGGGCUGCAGGGCCAACGUGACCGUGACCCGCUGUGAGGGCGCCUGCGCUUCCUCCAGCAGCUUCAACACGGACACGCAACAGGUGGUCACGACCUGCGGCUGCUGCAGGCCCAUCAGCGCCUACCCGAAGCAGCUGGAGCUGCCCUGCCCCGACCCCAGCGCGCCCGGCCGGGGGCUGGUGCUCACCCUCCAGGUGUUCAGCGGCUGCAUGUGCGGCGCCCAGGGCUGUGGGGCCUAG